CCACUACCGUCAAGGAGAGAACCCAACUGCAACAAAUCUCAACCGCGAUAGUUUCAGCCUAUUGUAGAAUGAAUCAAACAAAUACUCAAGUUGUUGGAGACUCAACACAAACUGACAAGGCACAAUGGGAUGCCGCAUUGACAACAAUUUUUGUUGACAUAUGUGUCGAACGUCAAAAAGCUGGCGAUAGGCGAAACACUCAUUUUUCUAAAGAGGGUUGGAAAAAGAUCAUCAUAGCAUUUAAAGGAAAAACUGGUAGGUCUUAUGAUCAAACACAACUUAAAAACAAAUGGGAUAAUCUGAAGAAAGAGUGGCGAUUAUGGGAGAAGCUGGUGUUCAAUGAGACAGGGCUUGGAUGGGAUGAUCAACGUCAGACUGUGCUAGCUAAUAAUGAAUGGUGGGAGAGGAAAAUCAAGGAGGAUAGAAAGUGCGCUAAAUUCCGUAACCAGGGAAUCGCGGACAAGGAGGGUUAUAUGAUAUAUAGUGCAGCAUAA